AUGGUGGCGUCACGCGCAGGCUUUGUCGCUGAACCUGGGCAUGGGAGAGAGGAAAGAGAGUCCUCAGCCUUUCCAGAGUCUCGCGAGCUUAGUCGUUUCCCCUUCCCAUUCGAGAACGCGUCAGCAAAAGCAGCAAGUUGUGGUGGCCGGAGCCCAGUCUCCUCUCAGGAGCUGCGGGAAUUCCGUUUCCUCUCGGCGUCAGUGGCCGCGAUGUUCCUGCCCCAGCCAGUGGUUGAAUGUCGGAUUGCACACCCUGUUGUGAAGUGCACCUACUGCAGGACUGAGUACCAGCAGGAGAGUAAAACCAAUACAAUAUGCAAGAAAUGUGCUCAGAAUGUGCAGUUAUAUGGAACACCCAAACCUUGUCAGUAUUGCAACAUAAUUGCAGCAUUUAUUGGCAAUAAAUGCCAGCGCUGCACAAAUUCAGAGAAGAAGUAUGGACCACCAUAUUCUUGCGAACAGUGCAAGCAGCAGUGUGCAUUUGACAGGAAAGAUGAUAGAAAGAAGGUAGAUGGGAAAUUGCUGUGCUGGCUGUGCACUCUUUCAUACAAACGGGUCCUCCAGAAGACCAAAGAGCAGAGGAAGCACCUGAGCAGCUCUUCUCGUGCCAGCCACCAGGAGAAGGAGCAGUACAGUCGCUUGAGCAGUGGUGGCCAUUAUAACAGCCAGAAAACACUUUCUACAUCUUCAAUUCAAAAUGAAAUCCCAAAGAAAAAGUCCAAGUUUGAGUCAAUCACAACUAAUGGAGACAGCUUUUCCCCAGAUCUGGCUCUGGACUCACCAGGCACUGACCACUUUGUCAUCAUUGCCCAGCUUAAGGAAGAAGUGGCUACUCUGAAGAAGAUGUUGCAUCAAAAGGAUCAAAUGAUUUUAGAGAAAGAGAAGAAGAUUACGGAGUUGAAGGCUGAUUUUCAGUACCAGGAAUCUCAGAUGAGGGCCAAAAUGAACCAAAUGGAGAAAACCCACAAAGAAGUCACAGAACAAUUGCAGGCCAAAAACCGAGAGCUCCUGAAGCAGGCAGCUGCCUUGUCUAAGAGCAAGAAGUCUGAGAAGUCAGGAGCUAUAACCUCUCCAUGACAGACCACAGCAAGGCUCCCCAGCAACAGCAAAUGGAGUCGUCCUGGGUUAGGGGUGGAGACUUGGCUGUUCUUUGGGAAUUGUAAGCUUUCUUUAAAAGUCUCUAUUUUAUUACAGUUAUCCUUCUUUGUGCGAUUGCAGUGGGCUGAAUGGGAACACCUGGUUUGUGCUGUGUUAUGACCGCAUGCUUGAGGUUUCUAGCUCACUCUUUCUCUUUCUCUCACUACUACUCUUCUACUCUACUGUUAUUCCUUCUCUUCUCUUCUCUGUCUCUCUGUUUUGCUACUACUCUUUAUUUUUUGUGGUGGUCAGUGCUCAGUGUUAUGUGCAGAAUGAUGUGGGGUUUUUUUUGUCCAUUGUUGCAUCCUGCCAUACCCAUGAGCAAAUAGUUUGGCAUUAAUUGUAUAUCACUGCCACCCUCUGAACUUUAAAAACUGCCACCUUAAGACUUGGUACAAUGGAAGAGGCUUUCUCUCUCCAAUAAACCUUUUGCUUCAGGGUAUACUCUUGGGUUUUUUUCCAGGUAUAUUAUGUAUGAACUUUGUACUAUGUAUAGCCAGAGUUUUAUUUAUUUUUUAAAAAAAAGAAACUUUUUCUUGAUAAAGGAAUAAUGGUAGCCUAGCUAGUUCUUGUAAAAAGUGAUGCCUCUUGAGAAAAACAGUCUUAUUCUCUAGCUUUUAGUAAAGAAUCAGAUCUUUUUUUUCUUGUUGCCUUGGAGUCUUAAAAACUGAUUGCUAAGGUGAAACAAUUCAGUGCAUAAGUAUGGAGUUAAGUGCCUUUUGAAGGAUAUUUUGGAAGAGCAUUUAAGGAGAUUCUUAAGGGAGGUAGCAAAGAUUCGAAUAGUCUGUCUUUUUAAGUAAGGGCAGAAAGAAAGUUUGUCCAGGUUGUACUGGACACUUCCCUCCCCCACCCUUUUCUUGAUUGUUUUAUGUGAUUGAUUUUAAAUUCUCACACUGCCACUUCUCUUUUAAAAAAUACCCUUUACUUAUAUCAGUUGUCAUACUGGGCUAUUGUCAGAAGACUCUUUUUAAAUGAGCAGACUUAAAAUGGUAUAAUAUUUGAACUAUGGAGCAUAUCUGGGGUCAGUGUGAGCUGCUCAAGUAUGGACUCUGAAUCCGACUGGGAGAAAUGAUAUCACUGUACCUUCUCUCCACUCCUCCUCACCCACCCAACGUGUACACUCCCUGCUUUUAAUGGAAAUAUAUUGAAAACAGGUGCUUCUCAGAAGUAGCUUGGCCUCUGCCAGAGUUGUAUGUGUCCUGUCUUCCCUUCUUGACCCCAUAGGCACAUGGAUUUACAUUUCCAGGAAAGGGGAUAGAUUUGCAUUUCUAGCCAUAUUUUCAGAUCCUCUGUGUGAUGUUUGUGAAAGAAAUUAGGAUGUGUAGUGUGUGCCAUGAAACAGAGCAAAACCAACUACCCUGGAAUCAUUAAUGCAGGCGGGUACUAGAGUUAGAGGUAAUCAUGAGGGCAGGUGACAUUUGUACCUCAGUCUACCAAAAUUGUAGCAGUAAAUUUAACCUGCUAGGCAUUUCCGAGAAGUGAAUGCUCUGUGAUUUGAUAGCAUUCUCAUAAGUGGAGCCAUGCACGUAAUUGGACAGAGAUGUGGAAGUGGGUGGCUUCCUUCUGAUGUGAGAUACAGUGGACCACAUUGCUUAUAUAUCACCCUAGUUGGGGAUGUAAUUUUCCCUUCUGAGCAAGGGAAACGGCAGUGCUAAAUAGUUUUGUAACUUCUUGAAUGAGAAACUUUUAGGUAAGAUAAACUGUCAGAUAAUAUUUUUCAGAUGCAUUUGCAUUGGCUAUGGGAAAGAAGAUUGUGAAAAAAUGACAGUCACGGUUUUGUUUUUUUUAAUUUUAAAGACUGAGAAAUUCUGCUAUGGGAAGUAUGACAGUAUAAAAACACAUAUUUAGUUUUAUACUAAAUCAUUUUUUAAAGUCUUAGCAUUUAAUAUAAAGCAAAUCCACACAUUUUCUAACUUUCCGUAAGUUCCAAAAAGGGAAGGAAGAAACCUCAGUCUUGAAAUUUUGGUUUUUAAAAAUCAUGACACUGUUUUACCAUGAAAUUGAGUAACUUUUGGUAACACCUUUUGUUUCUUUGUAUGUUUGUAAUAACGGACAUUUUAAAACAGGAAUGUUUGGUUUGUACAGACUUUGACAAAUGUGUGUUAAUAAAAAUUCACAUUGACUCAAGUAUAA